UCAUAAAUGGCUGGUCCAUGUGCGUAAGAAUAAGAGACCUCGGCCUCGGCCAUCGCAAGGAAUACCCAAUGCGGGAACAGCCCUGUUGAUCCUCCGCGCAUUCCGCUGUCGAUAUAAAGUGGCUGUCCCCAAGUUAUGCAGUCAACUCUGCUGUCAGCAUCCCUCAUCAUGUCUGCCAAACUCAUCCUCCCGCUGCUCAGCCUGUCCGUCUUUUACGCCAUUUUCUACUUCGCCGAAGUCAAUGGCGCCAACAAGCUAGUCAAGGCGUCCAUCGCCGCUGGGAAGCUCCCCACCGUGGACGCUCCCCUGCGCAAAGUCUACACCGGCGUCGCUCCCAUCGAUGAGCUGCUUACUCUCUUGACCGUCUUCUUCUGGCCGACCACCGACGGCAGCAACGUGUCUCUACUGGUGCACUCCAUCGGAUUCUCCGGCACCUUCGGCUCCGCCUGGGUGCUCGUGGUCCUCGAAGCCUGGAGAAGAGGAAACGCCUGGACCCUGGCUGCAUUCCCCGUCGUCCUUGGCCUCGCCGCACAGGUCCUGACCUUCGCCUUCGCCGCCCCUCUGUACGGGGCCAUCCAGCUCUUCACCUCCGUCACAGCCACCAAGCCCACAGCCGAGAACAUCCGCGUUCCUCGCGCAGUCCUCCGGGCCAUCCCCUUCGCCUUCUUGAUCGGGUACAUGGUCCCGUCCUUCCUCCUGCUCGCCCCAGAAUCCGAGCACGUCACCACAGACCUCAAGCAGAUCUUCAUCGCCAUCUGGCAGCCGUGGCCCGCCUACGUCUCAAUCCUGCUCACCGUCGCCCACAUCUUCUUCUCCCCGUUCACCAGCAACGACCACACCGUUGAAGGCGGCCGCGCGACCCUCCGCGCCCUCCGCGGGGUCUACGCAUUCGCCUUCGCAAACACGGCCCUCAACCACCUGAUUUCAUGGAUCAUCCCCCUCGCGACCCUCGCCGAGCCCCGCCUUUUCAAGGAGGAGUAUCUCGCCGCCCUGCACCCGUGUGCUGUAUUCGCGAUCCCCAAGCCGUGGGAAGCGGGUGCUACCGUGGAUACUGUAGGCGCUGGUGUGCACGCGUUCCUCCGAUGGGAUUAUAUCAUUGGGUCGGCGGGUGUGUUGAUCUGGGCUGUGAGCCUGUACCGCGCUGCCCACCGUGUUGUGUACUGUCGCGCUGGAUGCGUGGGCCUUUUCGUCAAGGUUGCGGCGUUGUCGGCGCUUGCUGGACCCGUUGGGGCUGCUGUUGAGUUGAUGUGGGAGCGUGAUGAACUGAUUAUCAAUGAGUUGGGAGGAUUGAAGAGGUCUGCUCCUGCUGGGAAGAAGAAGGCUUAAGUGAAGCCGCAACAAACACUGAACCCGUGACUUGGGUUCAUAAAAGAUUAGUCAGGUUAAUGCAUGUUUAUAAUUAACCGGUCUUACAUCAAUCAGCUUAUUGUCGUCUUUCAUACUUUUUCAAGGAAAUAUAAAUAUUAAAGCAUCCAGACGGUACAGCAGAUUGUUAUCUGUAAUAAAUGUGCUGUGCGGAGUAAAUCCAAAACAUCAAUAUUAACAUUAACUAUCAAAACUAAAUUCAAUUCGUUGUAUAUCGUGUCAUAA